AUGGACCUCUUCCAUAGGGCUAAGCGCAUGAUCCCGACGGCUCAGCUCGAGCUGCCUACACUUGACGAGAAAAGAGGAGGCGCCCGACAAAAAGGAUGGGCUGCUCGCCUCGCCUUUUUCCGGAGACCGUUGCGGCUGCGAGGAAACUCGGCCGUCUCUGUGCCGCUUGGCGUCGUCAUCCUCUUUCCUCUGAUUGUCGUCAUUCUUAUUCUGGUGCUGUUCGUCCGGCAUCCCACCAACAACGGCAGCAUCCUCGUUCCAGCUGGCGCACCGCCAGCCAUUAGAAAAAUCAGUGAAAAGUACGACAAGGUCUUUCUCACUGGCUGCCAACCCCCCGACAACAAGCAACCGAGAGCAAAUGCCACCUUCGUCGUCCUUGCCCGAAACAAGGAGCUCGAGGGUGUUCUCCAGUCGAUCAAGUCCGUCGAGCGCCAUUUCAAUCGCUGGUUCAACUACCCCUACGUCUUCCUCAAUGACGGCGACUUUAACGAGACCUUCAAGGAGACUGUUCGCAACCACACUUCGGGUACCGUCGAGUUUGGCAAGGUUGGCCCCGACAUGUGGGGAUUCCCCGACUGGAUCGACACCAAGGUAGCCAAGGAGGGUAUCGCCAAGCAAGGUGAUAAUGCCGUCAUGUACGGUGGACUCGAAAGCUACCAUUUCAUGUGCCGCUUCUACUCUGGAUUCUUCUUCAACCACCCGCUCCUUCUCAAGUAUGAGUGGUACUGGCGUGUUGAGCCUGAAAUCACCUAUUUCUGCGACAUCACUUACGAUCCUUUCCUCAAGAUGAUUGAGAACAAGAAGACGUACGGCUUCACCAUUGCCAUCAAAGAACUCCGCGAAACAGUCCCCAAUGUUUUCCGCUACGCCUCCGCCUACAUGCGAAACAACAACAUUACCUCCAAGGGUCUCUGGGAAAUGUUCCUCGAACCCCGCAAGAAGCAGCCCGAGGUCAUCAAGGACGCCCUUCCCGAAGAGAUUGCCCAGAGCGAGCCUGGUAGCGGUGCACUGCCCGACAUUGACCCGGAGACGAUGGAGGGCGACAGCUACAACAUGUGCCAUUUCUGGUCCAACUUUGAAAUUGCCCGCCUCAGCUGGUUUCGCAGUAAGGAGUACCAAGACUUUUUUGAGACGCUUGACCGCAGUGGCGGCUUCUGGAUGGAACGUUGGGGCGAUGCUCCUAUCCACUCUCUUGCUGCUGGUGCUCUCCUGGGUCCUAGUGAUGUCCAUUACUUCCGCGAUAUUGGAUACCGUCACACCACGAUUCAGCACUGCCCUGCGAAUGCCCCUGAGGCCCGACAACUUCCACCCAUCCCGUAUCUCGACCCCAACACCAAGGACGAAAAGAAGCGCCAGGAGGAAGACGACUACUGGGGCAAGUACGAUGAGCCGCAAGAAAACGGUGUUGGCUGCCGCUGCCGCUGUGACACCGACAUUGUUGACGUUGAGGGCAAGGAGGGCUCAUGUAUGGCCGAAUGGGUCGAUGUUGCCGGUGGCUGGGCCAGCCCUUAG